CACAGAAACCCAGAAGGCAGGAGGUUGCGCCUGCAGGUUUGGACUCUCUCUUGUCCGUACUAGAGAAUGAAUUGCAGAAACUGCAGCAAUUUUCCGUGACCUAACCAGAGCUAGGCGGAAAUAUGAGACGAAAAAUCAGUAGCAAAAUUUCAUCUUUCUUGCUGCAUAAAUCUCCGAGAGCCCUUUCCUCGGUUCAUCAUAAUUAUCAUGAUCUUGCAGCACGGGCUCCGAUAGUCCUUCAAGUUCAACGUCAAGGCCUUCAAAACUUUUACUACAACAAAGUUAAAAAGCGUGAAAUUUCUUCAGAACCCACCACUCUUUUCACUUCUAUCUCUCGACGAUAUCUAUGUAGCAGUUCCCCUCAAAUCAUCAAAACCCAGGACCAUAAUGAUGUAGAUGAGGUUGAACCAAUUGAUUUAUGGGAAGAAGAAGAGGAGGUUGAGCCUAAGAUUGGUGAUGGUGGUGAUGGAGGUGGAGUGGUUCUUCAAAAUUGUCACUGGGGAGAAAAGGCACUUUCCAUAGCCCACAAGGUGCUGCUGCAGUUUGGAGAUGACAUGAAGCUCUUUGCCUUGAAGACCUCACCGCGUGGAUACAUCUACAUCAGACUUGAUAAGCUGUCAAAUGAAUAUGGGUGCCCCAGCAUCGAGGAGCUUGAAUCUUUCAGUAAAGAAUACAAGGCAAAGCUAGAUGAAGUAGGGGCUACUGGAGAAAUCCCAGAUGAUUUGGCUCUUGAUGUUUCCUCACCUGGGGCUGAGCGGCUACUCAAAGUACCAGACGACUUGGAUAGGUUCAAAGAGAUGCCUAUGCGUGUCAGCUAUGUUGAAAAUUUGGAGGUGGAAUGCCCAGAAAAGAAUGGAGUUUUCCUGCUAGAAUCGAUUGAGAUGGAUUCAGGGUGCUGUAUAUGGAAGUUGGCUGAUGUGAAGGAAAAUAGAAACCCUUCAGCUAAAGGCAGGCCAAUGAGCCGUAAACAGAAAGAUUGGAGAUUAAGACUGCCAUAUGAUAUGUACAAGCGCAUAACCCUAUUUCUAGAUUACUAAAAUACAAGAUCAUUUGUUGCUUAUGCUCAGAUUAGGUCUAUGGCCCUGUGGUUAUCACAAUCUGGCGUGUAUGAGAUCUUGGCGACAUUGUCACUGUUUCUGAAAGAGGUAUUUUCUGCAGCCUGGUGGAAAUUUAUCACUGAUUUCUACCCCACCAAUCAAAUGCAGAAACUGAGUUUACAAAGGCGUCGUCUUUGUCUCGUGGCAUUAUAUUUGCUUCAGGUGCUGUUGCUUUUUACAUGAGCUACGUUGCAUGUCUGUCCAUCAGCCAAAACCCAAGUGAUAAGAUCACUACUCUGCGCAACCGGUCUCGAGCCGAUGGUAUCCCACUUUCGUGGUGACAUAAUCGUCUUUCUUUCCAGGACCUGUGUCCGAUUACUGUUUCAACUUUCCAUUUUUCUUGCAAUUGGAUUAUGCCUCAGCAUUAUUGGCAUGUUUACUAUUUAAUGUAUUAUCUUUGUGAA